UUUAGGCAAAGAAAAGAGAGGUUGGAUAAAUUCACUCUGCUACUUAGGAAGUCAUAUGGAGACUGAGGAUAUUGCUGUCACAGAAAAGGAAAGGGAAUGGAAAGGCCCGUUCUACUUCAUCCAAGGCGCAGACCCACAGUUUGGACUAAUGAAGGCCUGGUCCACUGGGGACAGUGACAGUGGUGGUGAUGAGUGGGGGCAGGAGAUCCGUCUAACUGAGCAAGCUGUUGAGGCCAUCAACAAGUUGAAGCCCAAACCCAGGUUCUUUGUUCUUUGCGGGGACCUCAUCCAUGCCAUGCCAGGGAUGCCCUGGCGGAAGGAGCAGACCGCGGACCUGCAGCGGGUGCUCGCGCGUGUGGACAGCGACAUCCCGCUGGUGCUGGUCAGCGGCAACCACGACGUGGGCAACACCCCCACGCCCGAGACGGUGGCGGAGUUCCAGCGGACCUGGGGGGACGACUACUUCAGCUUCUGGGUCGGGGGCGUCCUGUUCCUCGUCCUCAACUCCCAGUUCUGGUACGAUGCCUCCCAGUGCCCCGCCCUGAAGGAGGCGCAGGACCAGUGGCUGCACCAGCAGCUGAGUAUCGCGGGCCAGCGCAAGUGCCAGCACGCCAUUGUCUUCCAGCACAUCCCGCUGUUCCUCCACAGCAUCGACGAGGACAGCGACUACUUCAACCUCACCAAGUCCGUGCGGAAGGAGGUGGCCGAGAAGCUCAUCAGAGCAGAUCCUUCCAGAGUGUACUUCAUCAAACGCUUCUAA